CGAAGAUGCAGAGAUUCAACAUUCAACAGGCAUUAUGCUGCAGGAAGCCGGGUGCUAGAGCAGUCGGUGGGGGAGUGGCUGGAACACAUGGGCUUUCCUCAGUAUGAGAGUAAGCUGCUACUAAAUGGAUUUGAUGACCUGUGCUUCAUGGUGCCGGUGAGUCAGGGAAAAGCACAAUUGUCAAACAGAUGAAAAUUAUCCACAAAGAUGGUUACUCCCUAGAAGAGUGCCUGGAGUUCAUUACUAUCAUCUACAGUAACACCUUGCAGUCGAUCAUGGCUAUUGUAAAGGCUAUGAACACGCUCAACAUUGGCUAUGGAGAUGCUGCCCAGCAGGACAAUGCCAGGAAACUGAUGCACUUAGCUGACACUAUUGAGGAGGGCACCAUGCCCAAGGAGCUGUCUGACAUCAUUUUGCAAUUGUGGAAAGACACUGGCAUCCAAGCAUGCUUCGACAGAGCCUCGGAAUACCAGCUCAAUGACUCUGCUGGAUACUAUUUAAAUGAUUUGGAAAGGUUGAUCCAGCCUGGCUAUGUCCCCACUGAGCAGGAUGUACUACGAUCUCGAGUUAAGACAACUGGUAUCAUUGAGACCCAGUUUUCCUUCAAGGACCUCAACUUCAGGAUGUUUGACGUUGGAGGCCAGCGCUCAGAGAGAAAGAAAUGGAUCCACUGCUUUGAAGGCGUUACCUGCAUCAUCUUCAUUGCUGCUCUGAGUGCUUACGACAUGGUGUUGGUUGAGGAUGAUGAAGUGAACCGAAUGCACGAGAGUCUCCACUUGUUCAACAGUAUCUGCAACCACCGCUACUUUGCGACUACUUCCAUUGUUCUCUUCCUCAACAAGAAAGAUGUCUUCCUUGAGAAGAUCAAGAAGGCUCAUUUAAGCAUGUGCUUCCCUGAAUAUGAUGGACCAAACACAUAUGAAGAUGCCGGUAAUUACAUCAAGGUGCAAUUCUUGGACCUGAACAUGCGGCGAGAUGUCAAAGAAAUCUACUCGCACAUGACUUGUGCUACAGACACUGAAAACGUGAAGUUUGUGUUCGAUGCCGUGACAGACAUUAUCAUCAAAGAAAACCUCAAGGACUGUGGUCUCUUUUAA